AUGACUUCUUUACCUGUAUUAAACCAUGAUAGUGACCAUGAUAAUAAUUAUAACAAUGGCGAUGAAAAUGAUUAUGAAAAUUAUUAUAAAAAUGACUAUGAAGAUGAUCCCAAUAAUAAUCUUGACAAUGAACUUGAUAAUAACCUUGAUAAUGAUAAUAUAGUUAAAGUUUUUUUGUGGAAGUGGGGUUCAACCAAAACACUAUGGCGGCACUUAGAAAGUACUAAUUGGUCUCAGUAUGUUACAACAAAGGCAUGUAAUAAAAAAAAGAAGAAAGUUCAAGAUGAACAUAGCACUAUUAAGGAAAUAUUUAAAGAA